AUGGCGCAGUCGUCAUCACGUUGCCGUUGUCGUCCUCCUCCUGGUAGACGCAGCGGUACGCGCCGUCCUGGGCGCCCUGCUCAGCGUCCGCACCACGCGCGCCAGCCGGAACCGCGCGUUGGCGCCGUUAUUGGAGAGGAGCACGGCGGCGCCGUCUCAUGCGGAAGAGGCAGUUGGCCAGGAGCCAGCAUGGCACUCCUUGCCUAUGUAGUAGUUGGGCGUGAUGGUCAACAUGGACACCACCAGCACGUUCAAGCCCCUGGGCGCGACCUGGAGCAGGUUCCUGGCGACUCCCACGAAGACGAGCCCGGCGAGGUGCACGUUGCGCACGUCCUUGCGGAGGUUGUAGCGGUUGACGAUCAUGCCGGCGAAGGACGCCGUCGGGGCGAAGAGGCUGCAGUUGACGACGAGGAUGUCGAUGUCCUCCGGGGCGACCUUGGUCUUGGCGAGCAGGUUGUCGAUGGCGGAGAAGACGAUGAGCUCGACCUCGGCGCGGGAGGACUCGAGGCCCCAGCGCUCGAGCAGGCGCGACAUGAACCGGACGCUGCGCUCGUCGAAGCCCGGCCACACGCGGGCGUGCUCCUGGACGCGGCGAACGGGACGCGGCAGCUGGGGCUGGUGCGGAGGAGUCCAAGUGCCGAGAGCACCCAUGGUCGCAGGGAGCUGGCGGUGGACAUGAUGAGUAGAGGAACCUCCGGCGCGCUCAACGUGUUCGACGAAAUGAGAUGCCAAACCUGGCAACCAAUCAACAGGUCAUCUACGUUUUUGGCCCUAUUUUUCCUCACCCAGGCCAUGCUCAGCCUGGCUCGUUUUUGCUCUCCUAGCCAGGCCCGGUGGAGAAACUAACCAAACACACCCCUGGAGACGGAAGCAAUAGCAAGUGAGCAGGAAAACAGAAGCAGCAACAAGAGUGUCCCAUGACAACAUGCAAGCUUUUUCAUCUGGCCUCGCUGCACCUACUCCAGAAUUAAAUGGGACUGCGGUCGUUCUGUCAGAUAAGAAUCCAAAGGGGGUGCCUCCACUCCCUCCGGUAUAUGUCUUGCCACGUAAGAACAUCAAACGACCAAAGAAGGGGCUGCCAAAGCAUCUCGGAGAAGGGGAAGACGGUACAACUGAUUCAGCAAAUGCAUUAUCGGCGGGCUCCCCAGGAGGGCACCGCCGGGCACAAUGAGUUAUAUAUGUUGGAACUGUUGGGGCGCAGGCAAAGCCUCGAUAGUUCGCGAACUUCGCGAUUUAGCGAAGAACUAUGCCCCUACUGUGCUUGCACACAUACUUGGCACUUGGAGCCUUUGACUGUAGAGAUUUUCGGAAUUAAAUUCAUAUUGGCUAGCCGCGUCAUGCAACCAAAGUUAAUA